AUGGAAGUUGCAUUAGCAGUGGACCACUAUAGUCAUAUAUCAUUAAUGUUUAUUGUCGACAAUAACUGCUCCGACUACAACUACUAUUUGGUACACUUUGGUGAUGUGGCCAGCAGACUACCGAUCGUUGGCUUGCCAGCCAGCCAGUCCAUGGACGACACCCUUCCUUUAAAUAAACUGUUGCAACUCCUCCGAGUGCUUGAUCAG